UUAGCAAAGCAUACGGAUUUCGAGCCGAGCCUCAGAUUUUAAGUUCAACUGUGCAUUCAUAGAUUGUAGUGCUUUUGUACAGUGUGUUUUAAAAUGGAUACAGCAAACGACACAUGUGAAGUGUGCGGGCUUGAGGAUUUUACAUUAGAAAAUGGUUUCUACUACUGUACAGAGUGUGGCACAAAACUGUAUAGCAAACGUGAAAUUGUGGAUGAUGAUAUAGAUGUCGGCUGCCAUACAACGACGCGAACAGAAGCUCGCCAGGGAAACAAAAUAUCAAGUUGGGAACAAAUGAAUUAUUUCCUUCACGGCCUUACGGCACGAUUGGUUGAGUUGGGUGCUCCGGAAGAGCUAAAAAUGACAGUUUUACAGAUUUGGUGUGCCUAUCUAAAUAAUGCCGAGAUAGCUUUCUUCCACAAAAGACAACGCAAGCGGCCGCGCUUAACAUUGCGAAAUCUCAAAGUGGAUUUAAAAGUAAUGUUCAACCGAAGCGUUCCCAAGCGACCCAGACGAAGAAACGAGAAAUCGGGGGAAAUUUCCUUGAAGCGUAGGCGAAAGCAAACUCUAGAUAUGUUAAAAGCUGAACAAGAUGCAUUUACACAAAGUCAACAUUCGGACUUAGAAUCUACGUUGAGUAACUUAUCCACAUCGAUGCGGAGUUCUAAUUCAGUUCAAACCCCAUUGGAUUUUCAAUUCAACCGUCGAACGCGGAAGCGACUGCUGGAAGAAUUACAGCUCGAUGAGGACUGCGUACAGCGGCAUGAGCAAGAAACACCUGCGAAUGUGGAUUGCCAUACCUUUCCCCAUUUGGAUGUAAAAGGUCGCAGGGCUAAAGAGCCAGACAACUGGUCAUUCAUGCAACGGAAAUCAAUUUUAAUCGCCAUACUAAGUCUUGGUUUGAAUCAAGUACGCAGCUCAAUACAUGCAGUAGAUCUCAUACGAUGGAUAGAAGAAGGACAUCUUCCAUUUCAUGACUUACGCCAAUAUUUGCCUGAGGGUCUAGACCCAGAUUGUUAUUCUGAAACAUUAUCAUAUCUGUCGUCUUCUUACCAUGGGUUCGUGCAGUACAGAGAAGCCAUGUCGCUGAUAGCAACAGAUCUUGGAAUAACGCCAAUCCAUCCAGAUUUAUCUUCGAUUUGCUACCGAUUUUUAAGUGAACUGGCGCUCCCACUAGAUUUAGUACCUUACAUUUCCAAAGUGAUUGCAAUUGCGCCAGACAUUAAGCCCCCUGCUGCAAAUGCCUACUUUCCGAAGUACGAACUGCACGCUAUGAAGUUUAUAUUGUUUAUUAUGAAACUGUUGUUUGGUUUGGAUGGUGUGAUCGAAACAAAAUUAGAUUUAACCAACGAAAAGCUCAACGAACGAAUUGGAGCAUCUAGCAAAAUUCCAAAACUUUUCGUAUGGCAUGAGUGGCAACGAUACGUGACCAUGCGACGUGUCAUACUGGAACAGUUGCACUACCCAACAAGUCAUUCCCGCAGUCAAUCGACGGUUAAUCGUCCCAUUGAUAACGAUAUAUUUCUAAGCUUUUUUGAGUCUCGUGCCGUUUCAGACGAUGAUAAUACGACUGGUUAUCAAGCUGGUCUAACUGGACCAAGCCAUACUCCUGCCCAAGAGCGAUUAUUUAAAAAUUUACACACCAUCAUAUCAUCGGUAACACAGAAACAGUCAAGCCUUAAUGGAGGACAAUCGAGAAAGCAUAUCGAAUUCGAUCAUAGCUUGGAACCACAACGUACAUAUUUCGCAGAAAUACUAAAAAUGGACGAUACCGAGCGGCAACACGUGUAUAUUCCGGAGUACAUGGCAACAGAUCACAGCAAACGUAUGACGGCACCGUUUGUUAAUCCAAUGCCUCUGAAAAGACAGCUUUUAACGAAUCAAAAGAUUAGGUUGGUCACGAAAAAAAUUAAACCAACAGUCAAGCACAUCCAGAUGGUUGCGUACAACACACACAUUCCGUAUCAAGAGAUGUACCUCCGAGUAAAUAAGUUUGCCCAUGUGCUCCAAAUGGAUAACAAUGAAUCGAGCAGUUCCGAAGAUGGCAAUGCCGAAAAUAAUCUUUUAGAUUAUAUCAACUCGAAAACCAGUGAACAUCAUCUCAGUCAUGAGGAAAUACUACGCAAUACGCUGUGCCAUAAUACGAUAGCUGAAAUGGAAUCGAAUCUCCGAACGGCGGAUUUUAAAAUGAGAAGCAAAGAUGAGGAGCUAGCAUGGUUAAAGGAACUAAAAGGUGAAGUGAAUCCUUUUAAAGAUAAUCCCACCGUAAAAGAAUUACUACCAGAUGAGCAACUUUGCAGUGAAACGGUUAAAAUUGCUCUACCUAAUUAUUACUACUGGGUCAAGAAUGGAAAACUUACCUACAUUUCGUUGAGUGUCUUUGAGCAGGAUUAUUUUAGCACUUUUCCAGCCAGCUUUCAAUUCCUUCUGCGGGAAGCAGCUUACGUUACGCGGUGUUCCAUGAUGGAUUUAUAUGCGGAACUGAAUGAGUUGGAGAAACAUAUUUUUAAAAUAUAUGAUCGAAUAAAAUGAUAAAUGUUGAGACAAUAUUGCUUCCAAUAAACCAAUAAACGGGUUUCUUCACGUGUCUCUUA